UUGGAGACUACAUUUCCCAGGAGGCUAUGCGGGCAACGCGACUACUCUUCCCAGAAACCCUUGCGAGACCGAAAUAGGUUUCCCGGCCCGCCCGGCUAGUGUCAGAAGUUCCGUGCAUUGGAAAACAUGAGGGGCCUUUGGGCUUUGCGGCUUCCUCGCCCCUGCGGUAGCGGGACCCUCUCUAGGGCUCUUUCACCUCACGGGAGGCCCGUUGGCGUAACAGGCGGCACACUGGCCCCGUGGAGAGGUUGGCUGACCACCAGCUCCAAGAAAAAUUAUGACAUGAGGAGGGUGGAUAUAACUCCUUUAGAGCAAAGGAAGUUAACUUUUGAUACCCAUUCAGUGGUUCAGGACUUGGAAAGUCAUGGGUUUGAAAAAGCACAAGCAGAAACCAUUGUGUUAGCAUUAAUAGUUCUGUCAAAUGUCAGCCUAGACACAGUGUAUAAGGAGAUGGUCACUCGAGCUCAACAGGAAAUUACUGUCCAGCAAUUAAUGGCACAUUUGGAUUCAAUCCGGAAAGAUAUGGUCAUCCUAGAGAAAAGUGAAUUUGCGAAUCUGAGAGCAGAGAAUGAGAAAAUGAAAAUUGAAUUGGACCAACUCAAACAACAACUAAUACUUGAAACUACUCGAAGCAGAGCAAAUAAUAAACUGGAUAUAAACCUAGAGAGGAGCAGAGUGACAGAUCUGUUUACAGAUCAAGAAAAGAAACUUAUGGAAGCAACCACUGAAUUUAACAAAAGAGAUACCGAUAUCAAAAAUGUUAUUUCACAGACCAGCAAUAAAAUUGACAUUGAAAUUGCUUCACUAAAAACGCUGAUGGAGUCAAACAAACUUGAGACAAUUCGUUAUCUCGCAGCAUCAGUUUUUACUUGCCUGGCCAUAGCACUGGGAUUUUACCGCUUCUGGAAAUAACAGCAGCUCUUCAGUAUCACCACCAGCAGGAGUAAGGCUGCUUUUUGGUACAUUUGAAGAUCUUUGCUUUUGUAUAACACUCUGGGGACAGAUUCAGUUUGGCCUGUCUCAGUUCCUGAAUAAAUCUAUUUGCCUUUAUUCCCUGAUGCCAAAAAGCUGUCAUUCAGAACCUAAUUGCAGUGUGAUAGAAAGGUAUUUUACAGUUUAUACUUGCAGGUAGUUUACAGAGUUGGAAACAUAAUUUGUUCAUUGUGUCCUUGCAUAACCUAACCUAUGUACAUAACCUAUGCAGUUUGAGCAUGGAUUCAUCUUCGAUGGUUUUGACCACAUAUGAGUAAGCUGUUCUCCAAACUUAAGUACUCAGUGUAUCUAUAUUCAUUUUUCAUCAUGACUUGAUCCUAUUUCUGGGUUUUUUUUAACUAAGUAGUAAGAAAAAUUCUUAUAUUCAUAUUUACAUAUUUAAGUAAAAUAAAAGACUAUUAUAACUUCACUCAUUGAAUUUUAAGUCUUAAUAUCUGAAUCUGAAAUUUACUUUGUGACCAAAAGCAAUGAUUUUUAAUGUACGUUAUAAUUGAUAUAUGUCAGUUGGUAUAAGUUACUACAACUAAGGAAAUAAAGCAGAGAAAGACCAAGCAACUUGUCCCUGUGAACAGCCAGCAGGGCCAUAAUAGAAAACUUGUGCUUCUUCAGGCUUUUUGUAUUAUAUAACCUACUGUAAAACCUCUUUCUCCAUUUAGUAUAUACAUGUAAACCAUUAUAACAAACUGUAAGGGACACCUAAGUUUUAUUGUCAUGGAAUUGUGCUAAAAAUGAAUUCAUUAUUAGAAAUCCUAUUUCCCACCUGAAGUAAUUAAAAAUUAGCCCAUA